GUGCUGUCAUUCUGUCCCGGAAGUAGUGACAGCAUGGCCGUGGCUGGCCGGGAGUGUGAAGAUAUCAAGGACUGCAUCUUGGAGCCUCUGUCAUUUCCAGAAAGUCCAGGGCCUAUUAAUGUCCCAAGCGAUGUUGUGUCUUUGCCAUGUAUGUUCUGUGAACAGCUGCACAAGGAGACAGAAAAGGAUGGACUUCUCAAACACAUGGUUAUUGAGCAUAAGCUUGUCAUUGCCGAUGUCAAGUUAAUAGCCAAUUUUAGGAGCUAUGUUUUGUACUGGAAGAAAAGGUUUUCAGAGCAGGCGAUAACAGACUUCUGCUCAGUAAUCAAGACUAACUCACAAGCUCCAGAGGAACAACAAGAAAACUACUUUCUCCUUUGUGAUGUUUUGCCAGAAGACCGAGUCCUACGGGAAGAACUACAGCAGGAGAGAUUGAGAAUCAUUUUGGAACAGCAACAAUGUGAGAGGUCAGAUACUAGUUUUCAGAGGCUGUGCAUGUUUUGUGAUGAGGAAUUUAAAGGAAACAGAUCUGUCCUGUUUAAUCACAUGAUUGAAGAGCACUCGUUCAAUGUCGGGCUGCCAGAUAAUCUUGUAUAUUGCAAUGAGUUUCUAGAUGUGUUACAGAGGAAAAUGGACAAUUUGCAGUGUUUAUAUUGUGAAAAAACUUUUAGAAACAAAAGCACUCUAAAGGACCACAUGAGAAAAAAGCAUCAUCGCAAAAUCAAGGCGCAAAACCAAGAAUAUGAUCAAUUUUAUGUAAUCAACUAUUUGGAACUGGGGAAGAACUGGGAGGAAGUCCAGUCCGAAGAUGAUCGGGAAUUUGGAGACAACAAUGAAGAGGACUGGUCUGACUGGGAGGAGCAUCCUGUUUCUGCUGUGUGCCUGUUUUGUGACCAACAAGCAGAUACAAAUGAAAAAUUACUCUGCCACAUGAAGGACAAUCACCAUUUUGAUCUUCAGAAAAUAAAAGUAGACCUAGGACUGAAAUUCUAUCAGCAAGUCAAAUUGGUGAAUUUUAUUAGAAGGCAAAUCCAUCAGUGUCGAUGUCAUGGCUGUCAAGAGAAAUUUCAGUCGAAAAUGGAAUUAAUAACUCACAUGGAAAAAGACAAUCAUAUAAGUGUUCUUCCUGAGAGAUCUGUGUGGGAUCAACCACAGUAUUACUUUCCUACCUAUGAAAACGAUUCCCUCUUGUGCACCUUGUCUGACAGUGAGGAGGAGAUAACAGUGCAGAAUGAGGAGUUCCCUGUUAUUGGAGAGGAUCUUUCAAGACUUGAAGCACUACGGAGGACUAGUGUACUUAACCAGCUAGUACGGGACAGUGUCUUGAGGAGUUAAAUGUGGAAUAUGCUGAACCUGAAUUUAUGCUUCUUAUAUUAGCAAAAGCUCAUUAAAUGGUAUUAUAUUAACUGAAUGCCAAGUGUCUCUGUGUUACAAAAUGGGACAGAAAGAAAUAUCACAAUGUACUUGCGAGUGUCUACUUUUAUACAGACUUUGUAGAUGCCUUUAUUUCAUAGUUCUGAUCUCAUAUCAUUUUUGAAGUGGAGCCUGUACUGAGUGGAUAUCUGCCACAAAGGGAACAGUUUUCAUGGCUGUCAAAAUACCUGUCACACAAUUUAAAUAAGAUAAUUCCAUU